CCCCUGACCCCCCCGUGCCCCCCGUUUUUAGGGGGGGAAGAUCCCGAUCCGCUGGACGGCCCCCGAGGCCAUCGCCUUCCGCACCUUCACCUCGGCCAGCGACGCCUGGAGCUACGGGAUCGUCAUGUGGGAGGUGCUGAGCUUCGGGGAGAGGCCCUACUGGGACAUGUCCAACCAGGACGUGAUCAACGCCAUCGAGCAGGAUUACCGGCUGCCCCCCCCGGCGCGGUGCCCGCCCGCCCUGCACCGCCUCAUGCUGGAGUGUUGGCAGCGCGAGCGCCGCGCCCGCCCCACCUUCCCCCGCAUCGUCCACGCCCUCGACCGCCUCAUGCGGCACCCCCAGAGCCUCAGGGUCACCCCCCCGGACCCCCACAGGGACGUGCUGAGCGCGGAGGCGGCGCCGGCCGGGCACCGGCAGCAGAUCCUGGAGGGCACCCGAAGCCUGCAGAGCCCUCCCAAAGGGGACCCCCGGUGCUGAACCCCCCCCAGCCCAGCCCAGCCCAGCCUGGGGCAAGAUGGCACCGCCGGGAGCGGCGCUGAGGGACAACAUGGCCGCCAGGACAAAAUGGUUGCCGGGACAAUAUGGCCGCCAGGACAAAAUGGUUGCCGGGACAAUAUGGCUUCCGGGACAAUAUGGCUUCUAAGACAACAUGGCUGCUGGGACAAUAUGGCUGCCGGGACAAUAUGGUUGCCGGGACAAUAUGGCUGCCGGGACAAUAUGGUUGCCGGGACAACAUGGCCGCUGCUCCAGUCCAGCAGUUGCUCCAAAAUGCCCAUCUGUGCAACACGGCCCCUGUUGCAGUGUGGCCCCCGUUCCAAGAUGGCGGCCGAUCCAAGAUGGACCCUGAGACAACAAGGCCGCCAUUCCAAUAUGGCCACCCAUUCAAGAUGGCCGCCAAUUCAAGAUGGCCGCCAAUUCAAGAUGGCUGCCAAUUCAAGAUGGCCGCCAGAUCAAGAUGGCCACCGUCCCCAAGCAUCGUCCUAUGACAUCACCACAGACCGUGAUAUUACCCUGAUGACAUCACCAACCCCACCCUGCCAGUCAGUGACAUCACUGGGGGCUGUGGGCGUGGCCUGAAUGUGACCCCCAAUGACGUCACAGCCAAUUGUUCCCCCUUUGUGGGAGGGGGGUGUGGUCAAUGUGGGCGUGGCCAGGGUGGGCAGGGCCCCCCCGGUGUUUUAUUAACGAAUUAAUUAAUGAAUCAUUAAUUAAUUACUCC